UCUACUCUUACCAUCAAGAAAGAAAAGAACCAAGCAAAGCAACAAUGGCGUCAGCUUCUCCUUCCACCUGCGCACUGAUGGUCUCCAAACCACCUCUUGCCCACCCGUACUCGCCUCCUUCUCUCACUACUCUCUCUCCUUUCAAAUCGAGCAACCCCAUUAAAAUUCCUCAGAUGGGUAGAAGAGCGAACCCAGCGAGAGCAGCGUUCACGCCGGCGAAGGCGCAGUUCGACAUAGCGUUUUUCGAGAGGGAUUUAGGUGGAAGCGAUUCCCCACCGAUGCCGACAAUACCGGAGGCGGGAUUUCCGGAAAUGGAGGAUAAGGAGGAGCCACAGUGCCCACCGGGACUCCGUAAGUACGAGUCCAUGGUCGUUUUACGGCCCGACAUGUCCGAGGAUGAGCGCCUCGCCUUCACCCAGAAGUACGAGGAGUUGCUAGUAGCUGGUGGAGGUAUGUACGUGGAGGUGUUCAAUAGAGGCGUAAUCCCGUUGGCGUACGGUAUAAGGAAGAAAAACAAAGCUGGAGAAAGUAACACGUACUUGGAUGGAAUAUACCUUCUCUUCACCUAUUUCACCAAACCCGAUUCAAUCACCGUUCUCGAAGACACGCUACUAGCCGAUGACGAAGUUAUCAGAUCAUCGACUUUCAAGAUUAGGAAAAGGAAGCUGUUUUGAGGAGAUGAUAAUAAUAAUACCUAUUUUCCGAUUUUGAAUUAUUCAAUGUAGAAAUUUGGGCAGAGAGGUGAACAGAACAAAUUCGUAUACCUCAGAUUUCGGAUUAGGAGGUGCGUAAAUUCGACAUUCCUGUGUAGUUACAUAACCUUUUGUAAUGAUGUUCGGUUUUAAUGAUUCUUGUAUCAAACUUCUUGCAAGUCAUGUUUUGUUAUUUAUCGAAGGCUAAUUCUCCUUCCCUUCUGAU